UGCUGGGAGAUGCCAACUUCCCGUCCACUUCCGUGGCUAAGGCUGCAGGCACGAAGGUGAUACGCGCCGAUGGUCACGAUAUCCCAACGCUACUGACGGCCAUUCUGCAGCUCAUGCCUCUGGACAAGUCCGUCCCUUCUCCGGUGACUCUGAUGGCGGUAACAGACGCCGAUUUGAAGCGAGGGGUGAGAACACCGAUUUGGAACACUUACCGGGAGAUAAUACAUAAAGCUGAAGGGCGUAAGGUCGAGGUGACAACACUGGAGCGUUUUGCCUUCUAUGAGCGAGCCAAGAAAGCUUAUGCUAUCGUCAAUACUGGAGAAACGAAAAUCUACGCCAACAUUAUUCUGAAGAUGGGAAUUAUUGUUGAUUGAGUGACUGGAAGCAGUUAUGAAGAUUCUGUAACCUCAUCAUAGAAUAAAUGCAUAUGUCAGAAGCAUGCCACCUAUGUCUUCAUCUGAACGCCAAAUAGGCGAGGUGUUUAUGGAAAAUCUUAUAAAAUAUAAUCGGAAAUUUCAAGUUACAUUGGGAAAUAAAACCAUAUAAUGAGCUCGUAAA